AUGUCGGCUGCCGCUAAUUCUGCCACUUCUCCUCUCCCUUCUGCACCUGAUGUAGAAGUAGAUGCAGAGCCUGACGAGGAAGUGGCUCGACAUGAUGAUGAGGAUGAGAUUCUAUUCCCUAAACUGGUAGAUAGAAUAAAAAGCAACCCACACGGGCACACUUGUCCACCUGGAGGGGGAGGGGGAAAGGUCAAAUCUGAGCUUGCAAAGACUAGGUGGGUGGUAGAUGCAAUCUUGGAUUGGGUGAGGGAAACACCAACAAUUGGUCCAACAACACUCCAUGGGAAGCUAUUUGAGAAGUACAAGAUUAAUAUACAGUACAUGAGGAUUUUCUAUGCUAAGGAAAGGGCUCUUGAUAGGAUUAAUGGUCCAUGGAAUGAGAGUUUUCAGUUGCUUUACACCUUCAAAGCUGAAGUGGAGACGGCUAGUCCAGGGAGUGUUGUAGAGAUUGACAAGCAUACAGUUAAGUACAAAUUAAAAGGGAAGGCACUGGAGAAGGAGUGCUUCAGGAGGGCUUUUGUUUGUUUCAAGGCUUGCUGGCAGGGGUUUCUGAAUGGUUGUAGGCCCUAUUUGGCUGUCGAUGCAACUGCUUUGAAUGGAAGAUGGAGAGGCCAGCUAGCAGCAGCUUCUGCAGUUGAUGGACACAACUGGCUAUUCCCAGUUGCAUUUGGUGUGUUGGAGGUAGAGUCCGAGGAGAGUCGGGUCUGCUUUCUGCAGCAGUUGCACAACAUUAUAGGUACACCCUCAGGUUUAGUUAUACACAUAGAUGCUUGCAAGCGUUUAGAAACUGCAGUAGAAAUUGUAUUCCCUGAAGUGCAACAUAGGGAAUGUAUGCGACACCUAGCGCAGAAUUUUAAAAAGAAAUUCAAAGGCAAAGUUUAUGAUGAGAAUCUAUGGCCAGCAUCAUACACAUGUAGGUUGAGGAAGAAUGAGCACCAUUUGAGAGUGUUGUAUGCUCAUAAUCCUUUGGUGAAGGAGUACAUGGAUGAUCAUCCUGGAAAGCUGUGGUCAAGAAGCAAAUUCAAUGAAAUCUGCAAAGUAGACUAUGUGACCAAUAACCUCGCUGAGUGUUUCAAUGCAAAGUUCAAGUCAGUGAAAGGGCUUUUGUUGUGGCAAGUAUUUGAUAAGAUCAGGAAGAUGAUCAUGGUAAAGAUGGCUCUUCGUAAAAGAAUUGCAGAAACACAAUAUGUUGGCCAUCUUGUGCUCCCAUCUCUGAUUAAGGCAUUAAAUGCCAAGGCAAGAGGACUAAGGGUGAAAUGCAUUCGACCGUCGACAUACGAGGCUGAGGUGACAUACUGA